UCCAGUUGGCUUAGUCUUCAAAAUUCAAUCAUUUUUUUUGUAAAUAAAUUAAACUUUAGGAAAAUGUCAAAAUUUAAGCUUCUUUGGGGUCAAAAGCAAUCUCCCAAGGUCAACUGUAGUCAUCACAACUUGAGAGGAUUUAGGGAUUUCAAUAGAGCAAAGACCAGGAUUACCGAACCUAGUUUCAUGCCUCAAGGAAAUGUCUCCAGUAGAAGCACAUCCAUGCUGACACCUCGCAGCUAUAUAACAUCUAAAGAGUACGGAAUGGGUGUGCAGUUUUGGGAGUCCCCUAAAAUUAUUAAGCAAUCAGAAACGUCUUGCAAAGCUGCUGAAAAAUCUGAAAAAGUUCCUGAAUUUAUUUCGAAAAAAAGCAUGAGUUCACCAAAACGCCGGCGUCGUUCAGCAUCUCCUAGAACCGGAAAGAAUAACCAGUUUUUGGAGCCUUUAAAAAAUACCAACCACUCCCAUAUUCAGCGAUCCAAAUCGCCUUGCAGAGCCGUCGAAAAAUUAGAAAAAACUGGCCCGCAACCCAAACUAAGUCGCAAGCGCCGUAAAAAACUCGCCAGGAAAUGCACAUCCUCUCUAGCACCCCGCAUUCGUACCUCAGGUGGUAGCUUAGGGUCGCUUGUUCCGUCUUCGGAGUCCUCUAAACUCGAAGGCCAGUAUAGAAUUAAAACGCCUUGCAAAGACGCUAAAAAAUCCGACAAAAUUCAUUUUGAAAACUUUAAAAAGUCAAGGCCGGAACCCCUUAAAUCCUUAUGCGGCGAUGCACGACGGGCAAGGAUCGGAAACUGUGUAUCCUUCAACGAUCCUGUGGCAGCGGAAAUUCCCAUCCGUGUUCCCCCCUUUAGGAUCAACCGAAGUUCAGAGUCGGAUCAUUCCACACCGAUGAUCAUCCGUGAAAACACUACAGGAAAUUCCCAAAAAGCUCAUAAGAAGAGCAAGAGGCCCCUUAUUGUUGUGCCCUUGGGAGAGGGAAGCAAGAAACAGCAUUCUGAAAAUUCAAAUCAACAGGACUCGCAGUAUCCUGUGAGCUCAUUGAAUUCUAAACAGAAAAGUUUUAUACCUUAUUCCCGAAAGCAGAAUUCAGGAAUUUCACCUAAAGAACGGCAUGAUUCUCAAGAACGGCUUCCUGAAAGAGCAUCUAGCUCGAUUCAUCAUGUUGAUUUCUCAAAGGACAUUCAAGUUAGGUAUCAAGAUUCACAAGAACAUGGUUCUCCUUCCUCAAUUCGCCAAUGCCCUCCUCAAUCUUCGCCAUGUGGCAACUGCGACCUAAUAACCGACCUAUCCAAGCAGCUGGGAGAACUUACUAGGAUGUUGGAGGGCAUUGAAAAGGACCAACUCCCCGAUAUACGUCAGCAGGUGAACAGCCUUAAAGGUACUGUGAGAUCCUGGUCCGAGAAAUGCGAGAAUAAGAAGCCAGCGUCCUCUCCGAGCCGGGAGGGAAAGUCCUUAAGCACCUGCAAGUUCUGUCAGGGCCGCAAUUUGCCUGUUCUAAACAGCUUCAAGAGGCAGCUAAAGGAAACAAUUGGCCAUCGAAGCUGCACGGAUGUGGUGCUGUCUAUCUUCCUGCGGGCAGACAAUAUAUACCACGUGAAUGUAAGGGAUUUAAACAGCGGCUAUUCUCUGGCCUGUUUUCUGGUGUCCGAUGCCGGUAUCGAAGAGGCCCAACAGAUGGGUAUAUUUAGGAAAAUACUGACCUUCAGUGUGAUCGACGUACGGAAUACCUUGAAGCCCAAGAACUGCGCCAUGGGCAUCACCUUCGAGCUCGUUGACUCUGAACGCCAAUUGGGUGGCUGUGACACAGUAGUAGAUCGUGGGCUCUACAUGACAUGCAAGACCUUUGCGGCCCGUGUCCUGGGACUGCCACUCCACAAGUUAAAGCAUGUUUUUAAAAAUCCGAGAAGUAUUAGCAAUUACAUCAAUAAAAAUUACCAAAAGCAUGCUAGAAAACAGAAAAGGAAAGGAAAUCUAAUCAGACUAAAGCACUUGUAAGAUGCUUCAAAUUUCCAUUUUAUAAGCAACUAUUUUAUUAUUCCUGAAUUUUUUU